CCACAUCCCCGUUCUCACCAGCCUCAUCGGUACUACCCUCGAGAUACCUCUUAUCCCGUCUCUCGAUUUGAGAAUCUCGACAAUCAACCGCCAAAAUGGUCAAGACUUCCGUCCUCAACGAUACGCUUAACGCUAUCAACAACGCCGAGAAGGCUGGCAAGCGCCAGGUCCUCGUCCGUCCUUCCUCCAAGGUCAUCGUCAAGUUCCUCAGCGUCAUGCAGAAGCACGGCUACAUUGGCGAGUUCGAGGAGGUCGAUGACCACCGUUCCGGCAAGAUCGUUAUCCAGCUCAACGGUCGCCUUAACAAGUGUGGUGUCAUCAACCCCCGCUACCCCGUCCAGCUCCGUGACCUCGAGAAGUGGGCCACCCAGCUCCUUCCCUCUCGUCAGUUCGGUUACGUCGUCCUGACCACCUCCGCUGGUAUCAUGGACCACGAGGAGGCUCGCCGCAAGCACGUUGCUGGCAAGCUCCUCGGUUUCUUCUACUAGACGACCAACGAAAAGUUUAUGUCUUGAAUAGUAUCGGGAUUUAUGUGGCCUGGUGAGGUCCGAGCGAGGAAUGUGCUCAGGAGCAACAGUGUCUUGGCGAGGAGUUAAGGAUACCCUGGCAGAAACGCCAUAGAUAGGUUUGAGUGAUCUUGCUCAAUUCAACCAAGUCAUUUUGUUC